AUGCUCGAAUCGCUCGAGGACCAGCUCUUCAGGCGUCUCCUGCCAAAACAGCCUCCGCGCCUCCACCAGAGCCUCCGCACCGCCCGGAUUUCCGCCACCGCGCCGCCACCGCGGCGUUCGCGCCGCCACGCACACGGUGGCCGCCGCCUCGGAGCCUUUACCUGGACCGGCUCCCUUCCCAGGUACCUCGACGAUGCCCCGGGCGCCGGCGCCAGCCGCACCUUCUCCUGGGAGCCGUCGUCGUACGCACUGCACGCAGACCAGGGGUCGGGGACGGACCUGCCGUGGCCGCGCGCCUCGCCGUCGGCCUCGCCGCUCCGGCUGCGCGUCAGCAUGGAGCGGCCGCCGCUGCAGGCCUGCGAGCGCUGCCUGCGAGCCUCCGGCGUGGACGUGGCGUUCUCACUCGCAUUCACACCGAACUGCACGCUGCCGCGGAUUGCCGUCGAGGCGUGGCGCGGCGACGGAGGGCCGCUGCCGGAGCGCGCGGCGGUGCUGCUGUCGGCGGUGACGCUCGACGUCGCCUCCGAAGCGGCCACCUCGUGCGGCCUCGAGGGAGGCACGCUGUUGCCUCUGGUCUCCGGCCGCGCCUCCUUUUCCGCGCUCACCUUCAAGACGACCUCGUACAACCUCAAGGGGCGGCAGAUGCACCUGAUGGCGACGCUGCUGGUCCCGCGCGCCGAGGCCGACCCCUUCCCGCCCGCGACGGCGACGGCGACGGCGCUGCUCGCUCCUCCGCUCGGGCCGGACGCGGUGGUCGCUGUGGCGUUGCCGCCGGCGGUGCCGCUCAGCUCGACGAUGUCCAUUGCUGCAGCGCUCGUCUCGCCGCCGAUCCGGGUGGACGCACGCAAGCGGCAGCCCAAGGAGCGGGGCGGCGGAAAGGCGAGCUCGUCCGCGACGGGCGCCGGCGGCGCGCGCGUCGACGGGUCGGCCGGCACGGCGGCGACCUGCAUGCCGUUCGCGCCCGAGAUGCUCGAGCGGCGCAUGGAGAAGGUGGACAAAGGCGCGGUGCGGCUCCAGAUCGACAACUCGAUCGACGGGCUGCGCGCUUACCUCUCGGCCGUCAACAUCCGAAACAAGUGCAAGCACCCCCUCUUCCUCGUCCUCCGGUUCGACUCGUGCGUCGGCUUGCUCUACGACUCCUCUCGCGCCGCCGACCCGGCAAGACCUCGCC